AUGACUGAUAGUAACACGACGGAAGUCGGAGAUGUACAACACGAAGAACCUGUCAGGGCCAGUGAUCAAACGAUGACCAAACUUGCAGCGAAAUCAGUAAGGGGGAAAUCGGAAACUGUACGAAUUACUAAUGAAAGCUUUGAAGAUGAUCCUGCAGAAGUGGAUGAAAUGGAAAUGAGCAAAAUCAACGAUGAUAUGGUUAAAAAAUUGCUCACCUGUGAUAAAAAUGGGCAGAAAAAUGAUGAAAAUGAAGUUGAAGAUAGUCUACCGAAAACACAAGAAGAACUUGAGGAGGCAAAACUGCUACAAGAAAUCGCUAAGAGGCCUUUGGAAUCGUUCAAAAACAUGAAAGAUGUACCGGAUGCUAUUGCAAAAACUUAUUAUAAGGACAUCACUCGUCGUUGGAAGGAAUCAGAAGCCCGCAUCAAACAAACUGAAGAUUUGCUCUCUCAUGUGAAAUACGACGAUCGCUCAUUGGAGGAAGAUCGUCUGGAGAUUCUUGGUGAAUUACUAGAUAAGGCAACUCAGUCAUUCGAAAUUUUUGAAGAGCACGAAAACCGCAACGUGCCAUAUGGUCAUCGAAUUGUUCUGGAAACAAAAUUGCUGAUGGUUUUUAAUAAUGCUGUUAAUCUUAUUUAUAAAAUUAUCGGUGAAUUUGAUAAACUGAAAGGGGACCAGAUUGGUGUAAAUGAUGAAAGAGAUCAACUUCGUUAUGAAAUCCGUUAUUGUGAUGCGGUCUACACCGAAGUGCAUGAACGUUUCUUGAAAUCUUACUUGGAAAUGGAGUGGUGA